AUGAAGGCAUUUGAUAUCCUUGGCAUCAUAGAUGAGCGCCCAAAGCCCAAGUUAUUGGGUCUACUAUUUGAUAUUAGGCUUCAAAGACAAUUCGAGAGGUUGAGAAGCAUGGCGUUAGCGUCUCCCUUCUCAUCGCCCACCUUUAAGACCAACCCCUGUGGCUCUUCUCGCGUUCCAACCCCUUCUUCCGUCUCCCACCAUCACCAUUUCCUCACUUGUCCCUCCGGUGGAGAACCGUCUCCCCACCGCAAGAAGUCACAAUCUUUGGUGGUUCUCGGUCACCGACAAGGCCAACCACUCAUCGAGAACUGCAUCCUUUGCGAUCGCAAGUGCCUAAGGGAGCUCAGCAGCUGGGGCAUCGGCGGCCCAUGCCGCUACUUCCUCCGAACCUCGCGAGCUUCCCAGCUCGUCGCCGCCGUUCGGUACUGCAGGGAGAGGUGCAUUCCGUUCCUGGUCCUCGGCAGAGGCUCUAAUUGCCUCUUCGACGACCGCGGCUUCGACGGCUUCGUCAUGCUCAACCGGGUGGACCAGCUCGAGGUGACAGAACCGGGAGUUUACAGGGUCGGAAGCGGGUUCCCCUUCAACCGGCUCGGAGUGCGAUGCUCCGCCGAGGGUUUCUCAGGCCUUGAAUUCGCCGGCGGCAUUCCGGGAACAGUUGGCGGAGCCGUGUUCAUGAAUGCCGGUGCCGACUGCCAGGAGACGGGAGACGUGGUGGACAGUGUGGAGAUCGUGACGAUGGACGGAGAGUUGCAGGUGCUGAGGAGGUCGGAGCUGGCGUUCGGGUAUCGUUGGUCUGCGUUCCAAGACAUGAAGGAUUUAGCUGCGAUCGUAGCGGUCACGUUUCGAUUGACGCCCAGCACCGCGGCAACAGAGCGUCAGAGGGCGUUCCUGGAGAGGCGUAGAAGAACUCAACCGAUCGGAGAACGUAGUGCUGGAUCGGUGUUUCGGAACCCUUCGGGUGCAGAAAUGUCGGCGGGAAGACUGAUUGAGUUGGCAGGACUCAAAGGUUUCGCCGUGGGAGGUGCGAAGGUCUCCAACGCUCAUGCAAAUUUCUUCGUCAACUUCAAUGGCUCGACCUCGCAAGAUAUGUUAGCGCUAAUUAGCCAUGUAAAAGAAAGUGUGGAUAAGAAGUUUCAGAUAGAACUUAAAGAGGAGGUUAAAUAUGUACCUCACAGGACACAAAUGUAGUAAAAUUUGAUGAACACAUCACCUGUUCCUUU